AUGAACAAAAAGAGAGGGAAUAAGGAAGCGGAAUCAAAUAAAAUAACAAAUUUCUUUAAAAUAAAAAAAUGUAAUAUAAAAAAUGCAGAAACUAUAGAGUUUUGUGAACAAGAAUAUAAAAUACAAGCCAAUCAUGACAAACCGUCUGAAACGUGUAAUUUCGAAAUAUUUAACAAUGAUAAAAAAGAAACAAUCCUCAAAAAAAAUCACGACGAAUUUAAUACUAGCCUUUUGUUACAUACCGAUCAGACGGUAAAAAAUAUAAGCAAGCCACACUAUGAAAAUGGAGCAAACAAAACUAACACUCAUUACCGCCUAAUAUCCAAUGAAACGAACACCCAAUGCCGCUUACUAUCCAAUGAUACAAACAAAACUAAGCCUGAUUCACCACGUCAAUCACAAUAUAUGGACGCCAUACACACUACUUAUAACACACAAGAGAAUGAUGAAAAAAAUACACAACUAAAAUCAAUUUUAUUUAAUGGUAUAAAAAGAACAAAUAGUAAUGGAUUUAUCUUAAAAAAAAAAAAUAAAAAACAAAAAUUUGAAAUUGUUAAAGAAAAUAAUGAUCAGGAAAGAAUAUUACUAAAAGACUCAAAAUUAAACCAACUAAUUUUAGGAAAUAAAAAAAAUGAUAAUCCAAAAAAGCGUGGAAGAAAGAGAAAAAAUUUAUUACACGAACAAAAUUGCUUAAAAGAAAAAGAAAGUGAAGAAAAAGUGAAAAAAAAUUAUUUUGAAAAUUUUGGAAAGUUUGAGAAGUUUGAAAAGUUUGGAAAAUUUGAAAAAAUACCAUCAAGCUUGUGCAACAUAAACAACAUGAACAGGCAAGGUAAAAAAGAGGAUAUAAAUAAAGCCGAAAUAUGGAAUGGUGAUAAAAGUCGAGAGAAAAAAAAUUCCGUUAUAACACUUUUUGGUGAUGAUAUAAAAAUUAAAGUCAAUGUAGAUGAAAAUGUAUCAUCAGAUACAAAUUCCGAUUUAGAAAAUAGUUUUACAAUUUUUCGAUCUAAAAAAAAUUAUAAAGAAAAUUUAAAUAAAGAUAAAAAUGAUCAAGGUACCUCAAAAUGUGUUAGUAAUAUUUUAGACAUAUGUAUAGAUAAAUGUAAUAUAUCCGAUGAAUGGGAAAGCGAAAGAAAAUGUUCAUAUAAAAGAAAUUCAAUUUCUGAUGGAGAAAAUUAUAAUUACAAAAAUUAUUUAGUUAAUAUGUCUGGUGAAAAUAUAACAGAAAAGAAUAAUUGUGAAAUAGCUAGUAAACUUAGUAAAAAAUUUUCAAAACAUAAUUUAUUUGAUGAUACAGAAAAUAAUAAUGAAUAUAAUACCUACUUGUCUAUGUAUAGUGAUAAUCAAACAGAUUAUAGUGCCAUAUUUAAAUCAGAUGCCGAGUUAGAAUCUAAAAAAAAAUAUACGAGCAUUCAAAAGGGAAUACAUAAUGAUGAGCAUAGGAAAUGUCAUGUAAAUUCAAGAGCUAGUUGUAUUACAAAUACUGAUACAAUAAAUAAAAAAAAUAUUAUCAAUUUAAAUAAUAGAAGAUCUUGUUGGGGUAUGGGUUUUGAAACAAAUUUAAUGAUGGAAAAAACAACUCCAAAGAAAAUGUUUGAAAAUGAUGAACACAGUAAUAGUAGUGAAAAUAUAGAAAUACAAAAUAAUAUAUCAUGGGGAAAUAAUAAUGCAUUUUGUAAAAUUUCAAGUGUAAUACUUAAUAAAACUACAAACUUAACAACAAAAAUAAGUGUAGAAAAAGAAAGCCAAACUAGUAUGUCAAGGAAUAGUGCCUAUAAAAUGUACACACAAGGAAUAAUAAGUAAUACAAAUAAAGAAAAUCACCACAAUUUUACAGAUAAUUUACCUUUUAUAAAAAAUAUAAAUGAAAGUGAUAGUAUAAAAAGAGGGGAAAGUAUACAAGAAGAUGAUAAUAAAAUCGAACAAAAUAAUAUUAACAAGUUUAUGAAUAAUUAUUAUGAAGUAACUAAUAAUAUUGAAGAAAAAUUAAUAACAAUUAAAAAAGAUUUAAAAUUAAAUGAUAAUGUAAAAGAUAUAUUGAAUGAAAAAAAAAAAAUAAAAGUUUUAAGAACUUUAAAUAAACACUAUUUUGAUAAAGAAUAUAAUGAUUAUAAAAAUGUAGAUAAUGUGAAAUAUAAAAAGAAUAAUAAGCAUGAAAAUGAUUUACAAAAAAAUAUGUUUACUCUGAUUAAAGAUGAAUAUAAUAAACCUCUUACAUUUUUUAUUAUAGGGAAGUUUACAUUUUUUAGUAAUUAUAUUUUAUGUAAAAAAAUAAAAUAUUAUGGAUAUAAUGUGUCUAACAAUUUAAGACGAUGUAAUGCCAUACUUAUAGGGUAUGGUAUAAAUCCAGAGCUUUUAAAAAAAAUAAAAAAAUUUAAUGGAUAUAUUUUUAAUGAAAAAACAAUCUUAUCACAUUUUAAAAUAGAUAUAAAUAAAUAUAAAAAUUUAUUUAUUCCUAUAAAUAAAGAUAAUGGAAAAAGAUAUAAACUACUACUAAACGAGACAAAUAUUAAAAAUUGUUCUAUACAAUUAUUAACUAAUAAAAUUCAUAAUUUUUGUAAUAUUAUAAAAUUAUUAUUAAUACGUAUUAAUAAGUUAGAUUUUAAUAAGUUAGACAAAAAAAAUUUACUUAUUUUUAAAUUAAAAAAAUGUGUAAAUAAUUUUUUCUUAUUUUUAUAUAAUAUAAAUUGUAAACAAUUCAAUUUUAAUUUAUCCGAUUUUUUAUAUUCCUUUCAAAAAAAUUAUUAUCACAUUUAUGAAUAUGAAAUUGAUGAAAAUAAUUUCUUUAAAUAUUUUUCUUUUUUAAAUAAAUUUACACAAAUAUUUUCUGAAACUUAUAUUCAUCAUGACUUAAUACAUGUCCCAGACACUUUCCAACGAGAUCUAGAUAGUUUACAUUCGAUUAUAAGCUCUGAUAAGUUUUAUGAAGAAGUAGAAAUGAUUCAAAUAGAUAGUAUAGAUGAAGGAAACCUACAUAAUGAUGACACUCCAGAGUCAAGAAGUGAUUCCUCCUAUGGUUACAUAUCACCAUAUUACAACUUCAAUGACAUAGAAUCGAAUGAUGAACAUAAUAAAUCAGAUAUAGAUGAUAAAAAAAAAAAUGAUAUUUCAAAUUUAAGUGAAAAAGAGAUUAAAAAAAAUAUUAAAAAAUGUGAAAAAUUAAAAAAAAUUACAAGUUUAUGGAGUGUUUUUUUUAGACCAAAUAGUUUAUAUGAAAUAUGUGGACAUAAAAAUGAAAUAUUGUAUUUGUAUAAAAUUUUAAAAAAAAAAUUUCCAACUAUCGAGCAAAAUAAGAAAGAAGAAACAAAUUUAAAUUCGAACCUAAUAAACCAAAAUGAACGAGUAAAAAAAUGUGAUAAGAAAAUAGUGAAAACUACAAAAAGGGGUCUAAAAAAACAAAGCGGAAAAAAAAAAGAAUCAAACAAUUCAGACGAUAUAAAUAAUAUUAUUUUUAUUAUAUAUCCACCAAAUUGUUGUGUAAAAAGAAUAGUAGAACUAAUAUGUUAUUCAUGUGAUUUAUGCCCUAUAUAUGAAAAUAAAGUUCAAAAAUAUAAAAACAUAAAUUAUUUUUUUAAAUACACACAUGGUUUAAAAGCAGUAUCGAUCUAUAAUGCUAACAAGCUUGAUAAAUAUUCCUUACUAGAAUUAAAUACAAGGAAUGAUAUAUCUAUUUGUUUAUAUGAAGAUCCAAAUUAUAAUAUAAAUAGUGAAUAUAAUUUGCCAUUACUAGAUAAUAUAAAUCAUAUACUUGUAAAAUUUUCUUAUCCUUGUAAAAAAUCUAUUUUUUAUAGAUCAUUUUAUGUUGCAUCAUGUGCCAUAAAAAAUUUAAAAAAAAAAGAAUUUAAAAUGUUGUUUGAAACCUGUAAGCUUAAAAAUUCUACAUAUUCCAUUGAAAAUUUGUACAACAAAAUUCAUUUAAUUUAUUCGUAUGUAAAUUAUAUGGAAACAAGUGGAAUCCCAUACAAUCAAACUUUACAAAAUAGUGAAAAAAAUGAUGAUAGUCUUACAAAAUUAGACAAGAUGAAUUAUCCAUCUUUCCCAAACAACAUCAUAAAGGAAUAUGUCACGAAACAUAUUUUGAAUAAAUUCAUAACUACAAACUAUAAAGAAAUAGAAGAAAAAUACUUAUUUAGUAAACAACUAAAUUUGUAUUCUCAACAUUGUGAACAAAAUGAAAAAUGUAAUAACAAGCAAAUGAUACAACUAAAUAAUGAUUACUAUUUUUAUAGAGGAUUUGAAAUUGAAGAGAUUGAAGAUAUUAUUUAUGAAUAUUAUGAUAAACUUUUUAUAAAUAAUAAAGAAUUAUUUGUUUUAUCAAAUGGAGAAGAUAAAUAUAAUAAUGAUAUCAACUUAAGUGAUGAUAGUUUAAAUUAUUUUCAAGGGAAAGACAUACAAAAAAAAGAAAAUAUAUUAACAAAAAUAUUAGAACUAUUUUUAUAUUCCUCUAUUCUAAUAAAAUCAAAAGAUAUUAAUAUUUUACUAAUUGCUGUUGAUAUGGCAAUUUAUUGGAAUAAAUUUUUUUAUAUAAAUCCAUAUUGUAAUAAUGACAAUUUUUUGAAUGAAAUAAAAUUAAAAGAUAAUUUAAAAAAUAAAAUUGAAAAAUAUAAUAAAAUAUAUACAGAAAAAACUAAGAAAUAUAAACAACUUAUGGUACACUUUAAAUGUCCAUUUAAUUUUUCAUCUGUUUCCGUUAUUUAUGAUAUUUUACAUACAAAUAAAAUAUCUGGCUUUAAUGUAAAGAAGAAAUGA